UCUUUCCCACCUAACCAAAAAAUGACAAUUUUUUUCUUUAAAAAAAAAAUGUUACCAAAAAAGAACCACGUGCUGUCCUUGUGACAACCGUAAACGUGGGCAAGAAGGAAUCCCCGUUUCCUCCGACAGAAGGUCCAGCGGCUGCCACACGGAGCUCCGAUCGAUCCCUGCCUUCGGAGUUCGGACUGACCCAACAACAAAACCCACGCACGCCUUCCUCGUCGGAAUCAAAUAUCGUCAGAGAAGCUUUCCUUCGGAAAACCCAUCCGGCAAUGAUUUCUCAGUUCUUUGUGCUCUCCCAGAGAGGCGAUAACAUCGUCUUCCGAGACUAUCGCGGUGAAGUUCAAAAGGGAAGUGCCGAGAUAUUCUUCCGGAAAGUCAAGUUCUGGAAAGAGGAUGGAGAAGGGGACGCUCCACCUGUCUUUAACGUAGAUGGUGUAAAUUACUUCCACGUGAAGGUUGCUGGGUUGUUAUUUGCUGCUACAACAAGAGCAAACGUAUCUCCUUCUUUUGUUUUGGAACUUUUACAAAGGAUUGCACGUGUCAUCAAGGAUUACCUUGGAGUUCUUAAUGAAGAUUCCUUGCGGAAAAAUUUUGUGCUCGUGUAUGAGUUGCUGGAUGAAGUCAUUGAUUUUGGUUAUGUUCAAACAACUUCAACAGAGGUCUUGAAGUCAUAUGUCUUCAAUGAACCACUUGUGGUUGAUGCUUCACGUAUGCCGCCUCUUGGCCCAGCUGCCAUUUUUAGGCAAGGAACCAAAAGAAUGCCAGGGACAGCUAUUACGAAGUCUGUUGUAGCAAAUGAGCCUGGAGGUCGGAAAAGGGAGGAAAUAUUUGUGGAUGUAAUUGAGAAAAUAAGUGUUACAUUCAGUUCCAGUGGAUAUAUUCUCACUUCUGAGAUUGACGGAACUAUUCAAAUGAAGAGUUAUCUGACUGGCAAUCCAGAAAUUCGGGUUGCUCUUAACGAGGAUUUAAGUAUAGGACAAGGCGGAAGGUCAAUCCAUGACUAUAGUAGUUCAUUUGGGGCAGGGACUGUUACUCUGGAUGAUUGUAAUUUCCACGAAUCUGUACGUCUUGAUAGUUUUGACAUUGACAGAACGCUGACCAUGAUACCACCUGAUGGCGAAUUUUCCGUGAUGAAUUAUCGGAUAACUCAGGAAUUUAAGCCUCCCUUUCGUAUUAAUACCCUAGUUGAAGAGGCAGGACUCCUGAAGGCGGAAGUAAUUAUUAAAGUGCGUGCUGAAUUCCCCUCAAGCGUCAGUGCAAAUACAAUUCUUGUACAAAUGCCACUGCCAGCAUAUACAAUUAGGGCAAGUUUUGAGUUGGAACCUGGAACAGUUGGAAACACAACUGAUUUUAAGGAAGCAAACAAGAGACUUGAAUGGGGGCUGAAGAAGAUUAUUGGUGGUUCUGAACAUACACUGCGUGCAAAACUGACAUUUUCACAAGAAUCACAUGGAAAUAUUUUGAAGGAGGCUGGACCUGUUAGCAUGACAUUUACCAUAUCUAUGUACAAUGCUUCAAAGCUUCAGGUGAAGUACUUGCAGAUAGUUAAGAAGACAAAGACUGACAAUCCUUAUCGAUGGGUGAGAUAUAUCACGCAAGCUAAUUCAUAUGUCGCUAGGUUAUGAUGCCUCUGCCUUCCCGGUUUCUAUGUUCCUUUUCGUGCUUGCUUCGAUUUCUCUUGCACCUAACUUUUGCCAAAACUAAUGUGGUAAACCAAAAAUAUUUUUCAGCCCUUAGUAAUGUAAAAUCUUUGCCCUGUGCUUCGCAGAAAUGUACCUAUAAACGGUAGUGGAGUUUCGACAUCUAAGCUUAACUUUGAAGUUCCUACUAUGCUUAAA